UUACCUUACCACUUUCAGACUUCUAUAUUUGUAGAAUUUAACUAUUUUGGAGCCUUGUUAUCACAUAAAAAUGCAAUCCUCUGAACCCAGGGUUUUCUCAGCAGCGACUGCAAGAAAAAAUUUGAUAAACAAUCUUGCUUCUCUUCAACCUGAAAGGGAUUUUUCGUCUAUAAAUUUGGAAUCGUUUGGAGCAUGGAGUCCUUUGGCAGGAACAUUCCCAGGAAAAAAUAUGGAAUUGUCUGAAAUUCUCGGGAUGACUCCGGACACAGAAAAUAUUGUGGCAAAUAAGAAUUGUGGAUUGCAGGCGAAGAGGAAACUACAGCUUGAAAGUGGUCAAUAUUCAACUGAUGUUUUCACAAUCGAAGAACAAUCGCAAAACACAGCUUGUUAUGGAACCCCACAAUCUGCGGCGGGAAAACGAUCCUUGCAAGAAGAAGAUCCAUUUAAAACACCAUUGAAACAAUGCCAUAGAAGUAAUCAUCUUACGACUCCAAAUUCAAGAAAACGUCCAAGAACAGUUUCAUUUGGAAAAUCUCCAACAGAUAAAACCAGAUAUGAUACAUCCUUGGGAUUAUUAACAAAAAGAUUUAUUGAACUUAUGCAUGAAUGUGAAGAUGGAAUACUGGAUUUGAACUAUGCGGCAGACAGAUUAUCUGUGCAAAAAAGAAGAAUUUAUGACAUUACAAAUGUGCUAGAAGGAAUCAAAUUAAUAGAGAAAAAAUCAAAGAACAAUGUACAAUGGUUAAUACCAAAAGAUUCACCAGCAAACGCAGCUACAAAUAAAAUCAUUCAUGAUCACAAAGAAGAAGUUCAAGCAUUACGAGCUAUGGAAGAUAGAUUAACAGAAUUGAUCGGACAUCGUCAAGUUGAACUUGAACAUUUAUCAGAAUCAAAUUCACAAUAUUCAUAUGUGACAUAUCAGGAUAUUCGAGGUAUAUCCAGUUUCAAAGAUCAAAUUGUCAUCUGUAUAAAGGCACCACAAGAUACUAAACUUGAAGUACCUGAUCCAGGAGAAAAAAUCCAAAUGUUAUUGAAGAGUACGAAAGGAGAAAUAGAUGUUUUCCUAUGUCCUGACCCGAUGGAUUCGAAAUCACCAGACAGUAAAAUAAGAAAUGCCGUCGAUGAUGAAACCAACGCAUUAGGAUCUGGAAUUGUUAAUGCACCAAAAGGAAAAUCGGCACCUUCAGAUCGCUAUCAAUCAGCACUAGUGGCUCAUCAAAAUAUUUCUCACACGAUCGAAGAAGGACAAUCUCUUCUCCAACAAACUGAAGAUCAAUACAAUUGCAUUGUUGGUGAUGAUUCAGGCAUUGUAGAUUCUUCAGCAACGUCCUUUCUUAUUCCACUAUCACCUGCCUUGGAUGAGUCUUCUUACUUAUUUGGACUUGAUGACAGCGAACCUAUUAGUGACCUUUUUGACAUAACAGAAGAUAGUUUACAAUCUACUGGAGAGAAUGAUUUCAUUCUGCAACCUGUUUCUCAACAUACCAUAAAAUGCUCUGAUGAAAUACAAAUGUAAUUUUGUAUUGUUCAACAAAUAAAAUUAAACGGAGAUUAGGGUUUCAGUUGAAGUGUUUAAUAAUGCAGUGAAAUAAAUCUCAUUUUGUACUAAUUAAAUGCAGCCCCAGUGGUUUUUCUCAGUCGCAAAUUGCAAAUACAGAAUGUUCCUCAUUGCAACAUGGUGUUGUCUGAUUCCCAAUAAUGGAAAAAGAUUCCAUCCAGCCAAAGCCCAUAUAGAAUAACGUUAUAAUCUGAGUAUUGAAAUCAAGGUAUUGAAUAAAAUAAAGGUAAAAUAUUGCACAAACCCAGUCUUGAAAUACUCACAUUUAUUUCUUCCUAAAGCCCAGAUUCGCUUUAGCUCUGUGGUUGGGUCACUUCUAUCAAUAUGAAGUGAUGGUUGUUUAUAUUUUUUGUUUCAUUUUUUUGUCAGAUUUUAAACUGCAUUUGUUGAUACCCAUAUGGUGAAUUACAAUAUAUCAUAUUCUACAAAUAAGUUGACUUUAUGUAUUUCAUGAAAGGUUACAUGAGUAUGUUCGGAAGUUUUUUUUUCAUCGGUGAUCACAUAUCAUUGUUUGUUUUGUAUCAAUUUCGAUACAUAGUUUGAUCUAAAUAUUUCUUUUCAAUGCCUCCUAUUUAAGGAGAGCCCCCGAUGCGAUGAUGAUUUUAAGCUAAUGCAAUCUAUUUUCCAGAAUAUUUUCAAUUUAUUAUCGUGUUUAUAAGCACUGUCUUUUUUUUUAACAGACGAAUAAUUAAAGUACAUUAGAAUAAUUGAUGACUAAGUUGAGUAUAUGCACAAUGCUUUGAUGCGUUAUUGUCAUUACUGCAAAAUAAUAUGAACGAAAUAUUCUAAAUUUUUUCUGAUAUAGAGUAGUAUUGGAUUUAAAAAUAAAGAUUUGAUGCUGCCUGCUGUAUUAUUGAACUGCACUGUUGAUAUAUCAAGGUGGAUAUUGCUUGUUUAUUGCCAUGAUGCAAUUGUUUUUCUUGUCAGAUUUUAUUGUGUUUAUUUCUCCUAUUGUUGGAUUUUCAUAAUUAACUGUCUAAUCUUUAAUCAAUUUUCAUGUGGGUAAUUCAGAAAUUAACGCAUAGAAUAAUAUUGUAUCAUUUUAUACUUUGUAAUUCUCGUAAUGUUGAAUUCCUGAGUCAGGGUCUAUAACAGUGGUGGGUAGUUUUUGACCCACCUAGACUAGCGGUCCAUGUCAACGUGACAUAAAAAGUUACAUUUUAUGAACAAUAUUCACAAUGUUACAAAAGCAAAAACAAUAGGCCUCUUGCCAAAACUAAAUUUAAUCACAAUCUCAACAAAUAGAGGUAUUUUUUAGCUAAAACUUCAAAAUUUGGUUAUAGUUAACGUUGUGGCGGCAUCAAGCAGGCCAGAUUGAAUUACCCAACGGGCUGUAGUUUGCCCAUGUCACGUCUAACCUGUCAAAUUUGCUUUUUGUUUGGAUAAUCUGCAUUCUCAUUAUCCGCAUUCACCCUGCCAUUAUCACUUACUACGUAAGUUCCGAAAAAUCGCAUAAAAUCUCACUCACCAAGUUUCGAUUAACAAAAUUCUUAUACAAAGAUUAAUUUGUAGUUGAAUUGCUAUGAAGCUUAUUUGUCGAGUGUGAGGUUAGUUAAGCUAACCUAGUAAUGUCUAUCCCCAGAUAUGGAUUGAGUUCGCAAUUGAUCGUUGCCAAUCGGGAGUUUGAGGAUUGUGAUGAAAAAUUCAUUUAUCUGAUCUUUACUAUUGGUAAAAUGUUACCAGUUCAUUCAAGUUCUUUUGUGUGGAAUUAUUAGUUCUGAUAAUUGUGUUUCCAUAAGUUGGAACUGGAAUAAUGUUUCUAUAAAACACAUCGCAUAUUUUCAAUGCCUUGGUUUGUGUUAUUUUUCAUUUUCAAAAUUUUUGAUUGAUUUUUAAACGUUUCUUAAAUAAAUGCAUCUUGUUAUUGUCACAGAA